UCCGCGAUCUGAUUGGUUGGACGCCAUGCUUCGAUGAUAACAUUUCAGCUGUGUGUGGAAAGAAAAGGUGGGACUGCCACAGAAGAUAAAGGUGUUCAGUGGUUCGAUUAUCAGCAGAGAACAGAACAAAAACCUAGACGCGUCAUUAGUACAGCUUGGCAGCUUUUUUCCUGAGUUUCGAGGUUUCUGAAAAAAAUGGCAGCGUCUGUACUGAAGCCAGCUAAUGCCCUUUUGGGCGCAGUGUCAGUAGCGAGUCGGGCAUUGAAGAAGAAUGCUGCAGUGGUUGUUACGUCUUGUAGAUAUGAAAGUGGCUUGCCACCGCUGAAGACAGAAAAGAUCAGCGACAAUCUCCAGUUGAAAAGUAUCCAAGAUGAUUCCCAGAGCUCCCGGCCUCUCAUCUUACUCUUUGGCUGGAUGCUGGCCAAGCAGAAACACCUGAACAAAUACGGCAACAUGUACCACAGCAAAGGAUUUGACGUUCUGAGUUUGAAGAUGAGGCCGGGCCAGGUGCUGAUCCCGCAGCGCGCCCAGGACACCGUAGAGCACCUCCUGUCGGUGCUGGAGGACUCGAGCCUGGCACAGAAGCCCCUCAUGGUGCACGGCUUCUCUGUGGGCGGCUACAUGUACGGCGAGAUGCUGGUCAAGCUGAGGCAGCAGCGGGCUCGCUGGCAGGGCAUCUGCGACCGGAUGACGGGCCAGAUCUUCGACAGCCCCGUCGACUACGAAGGGAUCGCGCCUGGCUUCUCCCGCGUGCUGGUGAAGAACAGGCUGGGCCAGAAGCUUCUGCUCAACACCCUGGAGGGCUAUCUGAAGCUGUUCCAGAAGCCCAUCACUAGGCACUAUCUGGCGUCUUCGCAAGCUUUCCACGACAACAAUCUACGCCUGCCGUCCCUGAUGCUGUACUCCCGGGCUGACCCCAUCGGGGUGGACACGCGCAUAGAGCUGGUGAUCAAAAAGUGGAAGGCGGCCGGCAUCCCGGUGAUGAGUCGGUGCUGGGAGAGCUCGCCCCACGUCAGCCACUUCCACCGGCACCCUGACGAGUAUGUGGAGGCCGUGCUGGGCUUCCUGGACAGCAUCCGACUGUCGCAGCCCGAGCAGAAGGACAGCAAGAUCCCGGAGGAGGGGAAGACCAAGGCCAAAGAAGAGAUCCAGCAGAGGAUUUGAUUUAUUCAUCAUUUAUUGUUAUGUCUGUGUGUGGGGGGAGGGAAAGGGGGAGAGGGAGAGAAGGAUGGGGGAGGGGGGGUGGGGUGGAGUUAAUGAGUAGCUUGAGUUUGAGAAGAGAAAUUUUGUUCUCCUCACCCUGUGCCCCCCACCUCUCUUUUUAAGCCUGAAAAUGUUUAGGGGUUAAUGGAUGGAGCUUGAAGAGUGUGUGUGUGUGUGCGCAAUAUGAUUAUAUUAUUUAAGUUUGUGUGAGGGGUGAGGUGUUUCUUCACCUCACUGUGUGGGGCUUGCCCAUAUGUAUGCAGACACGCUCACACACGCACACACACACACACACACACACACACACACACACACACACACACACACACACACACACACACACACACACACACACACUCAUGUACACUUGCAGAGAGAGAGAGAAAGAGAAAAUGAGAGAGACUAUUGCAACAUUUUCAUUUGAGCAAGAGCAGAAUGGCAUUGACAUAAAUACUGGAUGAUACAUUAGACUGAUAUUCUUUUCGGAAUAUGUAUGCACUUUUUUUUUUUUCAUAGUUUUUUUUUCUGGAGGUUAAGUGACGUAGUGAGAUGUUUGCAUUUUUUUUCUUCUUACAAGAAGCAAAAUUUUCUCACUCCUUCAUCGUCAUUAGGGUAAAGCUAAGUUUAGAGAAAUUCGCUAUGGAUAAUUUUGGCUGAACUGAGCAUUUUGUUUCACAUAUGCUGUGUCAAGCAUAUUUUCUAUCAGGCGUUACGUGUAUUUCUUUUACGCCAUCCGUGGUGCAAUGAUUGUUGUUUUAUCGCUUUCUUUUGCGUGUGAGUUUGUGAAAUCGAGUGCCAGAAGUGUGUUUCUAUAGGACGUCUUUUGCCAAAUAUAAUGAAGCUAGAACUGCUUAGCGUGGCAAUGGAUUUUACUUGUUCCAGGUUGCUGAUGGAAGGGAUGUUUUUUUUUUUCUCUCCGCACUUAUUUUAAAAAAAAACUUCUCUAACAAAGCAUUCAACAUUCUUUCAAAUUUUUAGCUGUCAUUUUAUUGUGGAACAAAUUUUGACCCUCUGCCCUGAAAAAUGGUCUUCAGUGUCGUCACGUUUCCAGAAAAAUGAACUUGUUUAGUUCUUUACCUUUUCAAGUGAAUGCUUUUGAAAUGAAGUGAUACGAGUUUGGAUAUUAUAUCUGGGAAGAAUGGUUCCCCCAAUCCCCCCAUGUUAUUAAUGGUUUUGCCAAAUGUGGGAGGGCAUCAGAUAUUAUGACACAUAUUGUGUCUACACUACUUUAACUCUUUGUCUCCGGCAAGCGCUCACAGCGGCUCAUGGUCAGAACAGCUGUGCCGGUGAGUUGCUGGCAGCGGCUCGGCACAUUCCUUUACGAUAACUUCGACAUCAAAUUACUUUUCAGAAAUUGCCGAAAACAGGUCUCUUUUAUCGGCACUUCAUUCAUUCGAUGAAGAACUAUUAAAAUAGGUUCACUUAUAUUGAUUUAAUGAUCAAUUUAAUGAUGUUUUUGUCAUUUUUCGAUUUAGUACCAAAAAAGGGCCCUGGCAUAGUGGGUUUAUCCCCCUCAGAGAUGAAGAGUUUAGCCCGUGUUUAUUGCUGGCUAUUGUUUUUAGCUUCUGGCAUCGUUGCUUUGGUUACGGUGCCCUUACUUAAUGUGGACAAAAUGUGUGUGCUCCAGAUUUAUAUAUUUUGUCGUCCCAGUACGUUAUGUUUCAUCCAAUAACAAUGUUUUUAGAAGAGAGUGUGGGAGAAUUAUGAAGUUGUUAUUUAUUGGUGCUGGUUCAUGUGUUGUUGCUGUUGUGCUGCUAUUGGUAGAGUUUGUGUGGGUGUGUGUGUGUGAGUGAGUGUGUGUGUGUGUGUGUUUGUGUGUGUUGAUAUGUCUGAGUGUGUGUGAGUGGGUGUUCUGUCAUGGGUAGGGUUUGUGUAUCUCAUGUAUCUAUCACUUCUUUGUGUGGGUGUGUAUGUGUGCCAGUGUCUGUGAGUGUGUGCAUCUCUGUGUGUCUAUAUAUAGGUGUGUGUGUGUGCGUGCGUGCAUGUGUGUGUGUGUGUGUGUGUGUGUGUGUGUGUUUGUGUGUGUGAAUGAUUCUAAGCUUGAGCUCAGGGAAUAAGGACUACGGCCCAGUUCAUCAAUCCAUGACUAUUGUCACCAUGUUACUGGUUUCAGAGUCCGAGGACUGUGUCUGUCAUGUGUUGUCGGUGAUGUAAUGAACACUCUGAUUGUGAUGUUUGUAUUGUGUGAAUUUGUCAGCAAGCUGUUCAACUAGUUUAAGCCCUGCAAGAAAGCAACAUUUUUCAGGAGAGAGAAAACAUUUUAAGAAAAAAGACCCAAAAAAACUUUCAUCUAGAUCUAAUCUAUAUUAUUAUAUCUUUUCCCACUUUUUUCAACAUUUCAAGUUUUAGUUUCGAAACAAUAUUUCUCUUAGCAGGUGUGGGAGGUUGGCGGAUGCUAUGGUGUGGUCUGCUCCUUUUUUUCUAUCAAACAUCUAUCGUCCUGAUCUCUCCUCCCUUUUUUAUGUUUGUUACUCUCUUGUAACACCUCUAGUCUUCGGCACUUAUAUGACCUUAUUGUGUUACAAGUGCAGUAAAACUCUUACUGAAACUAAACUCUAGCAGGUGCAACCAAUACCAAAGUUAAAGAAACUAUUAUGAAGAAAUUUGUAAAAAUUUUAGGCUUAUUACAUUUGAACAGCUGGCUGAUGAAUAACAUUUCCCCUCCCAGAACUGUGGAGGUUUUUAAUGUCGGAUGAAGAGUCUGACCCCAGAGUCUCUGGUGCAUCUGGUAAACUUUUUUGAUGUUGAGCACAAGAGAUAUAUGUGAGGCAUGCUGACAAAACGAGUUACUUCUCGGAUUCGAGUCCUAUGGAAAUAGAUACAUCACGCUUAUAGGUGAAGUUUUGACAAUUUUAAGUAUGAAUUACUAAAAGGCAUGUUAUACUUAAAGAAUAAGGCAUCUGUAGAAAAUCUACGAAUUUGACGCAAGUUUUGAUUUUUGGCCAACUGCUCUAUUUGUGGAUUGCGUGAAGUAACUCAUUUUGUCAGCACGCCUCACUUAUAUAUAUAUAUAUACAUUAUAAAUAUGAGUUCAAUUCUUGUUAGAGGGAAUUAUUUUAAUGAGUUUUCCCAUUGUACUGCUGUAUCCCACUGUGUGUGGAAUGGGCCAGGCAGGCAGAGUAGAAGCCGCCCACCUCUCUCUUAAAUAAUCAAAAUUGUGUUGAUGGUAGCAGGAAAUGUUCAAUCAGUAUGCGCUCAUUCAGAGAUGGUUGAAUUAGUGAAGUUCAUAUUACCAUUUCAUUUUUUCUAUGGUUUUUACAAUCUUUACUUUUGUGAUGAGAAUAAAAUAAUCAUGACAAAAGAUAUGGAGCUAUCUACAGGUAUAAUAUGGGAAGUGAAGCGUGUAUUUUUUUCCCCAAAAAAGUUUUGGCUCUUGGGUGGAGUGUGUAGCUUCUGCCCCUUGUCACAGAAUUUAGGUUGUUGGAGGGCAGCACUAAUUGGUCGUAGGAAUUUUUUUUUUUCCGUCAAUUGUUUUUGUCUGUUGGUCUUACUUUUUGCCCCUAGUCUAACGGAUGGUUAUUGGGCCAUUGUGGUUUUUAUUUUAAUUCAAACAAACAAACAGACAAUCAAACAAACGGAAUUGAAUAUUUCCAUCAUACAGUGCAUGGUAAUGGUGACUGCAGGUUCUUACACUGUCUGCAUUGGAUAAAAUGUGUUGAAAUAGCUUGACAGAUGUGAUAAACAAGAUGAAUAUAAUU